UUUUCUAUUGUUAUAAUGUUUUUUUUAAAUUUUAGAUUGGCCAAGUAUCAGGCAUUCAAAGGGUUCAGUAAGCGUAUUCUGGUAGCUACUGAUCUGUUUGGUCGUGGGAUGGAUAUUGAAAGAGUCAACAUUGUCUUUAAUUAUGAUAUGCCUGAGGACAGUGAUACCUACCUCCACAGAGUUGCUAGGGCAGGUAGGUUUGGAACCAAAGGUCUUGCUAUCACGUUUGUCUCUGAGAAAACUGAUGCUCAAGUUCUUAAUUCCGUUCAAGAUCGUUUUGAAGUCAACAUCACCGAGUUGCCUGAUGAGAUUGAUGUCAACAGUUACAGUAAGUGACUCU